AUGACACUUAAGUAUCCUGUUUCUCAUCUUUCUUCACAAACAACUAAACAAGAAUCCACUAAACAAGAAUCUAAUAAAGUCUUUGCAAGAGUUGAAGAAAACAGAAGAGCUAGCCAGAGCAAAAACUGA